AUGGUCUCAACUGCCGCAGGCGAGCUCGCACGUAAGGCGCUCAUGGACGAUGCUCGUCAAGAGGAAGCCAUCACAGUCAAUCAACGUGCCCUCAUCGACAAGAUUCUCGCAAGGUACGCUGCCGAGUUCACCGUCUUUCGAGAACUGCUACAGAACGCCGACGAUGCCGGUGCCACCCAUUGCGAGCUUCGCUUCGAAUCGCUCGAAGCGCAACGCUCACAAUCAGCACCAACCUCUGCUGUCAAGUCUCCCAUCACCACAACUUCCACCCUCUUGCCCGACUUCAAGGCGACUCUCACCAAUUGGGUCUUCCGCAACGAUGGCAAGCCCUUUGGCAAAGACGACUGGUCUCGACUGCGUAGAAUCGCAGAGGGCAACCCAGACCCAGACCGCAUUGGUGCCUUUGGUGUUGGCUUCUACUCCCUCUUCAGCAUCUGUGAGGAGCCCAUCGUCUCUUCGGGCGACGAGCUCAUGGGGUUUUUCUGGAAGGGCGAUGCCCUCUUCACAAAGCGCGCCAACAACACCAACCCUCAAAACUCGCCUUCCGGAAACCCGUGGACCACCUUUUUCAUGGCCCUUCGCGAACCCUCGCAAUUUCCAGACUCGCCUAUGGCCCUAGCCCGCUUCCUGGCCACCUCGCUCACAUUCACCACCAACAUCCGCUCCAUCGGCCUCUAUUGGGACGACCACCUCCUCUGCAAACUCGACAAGAAGCUCGCUUUGCCAAGGUCCAUGUCCAUGCCCGCUCAUCUCAACGCAUACAGCCCAGCCCGUAUCAUGCGCAUUCGAGAUCUCGAGUCGACCGCCGUACAGAUCGACGUGCAAGCCCUUCAGCUCGUCAUCGACGCAGCCGAAAAGUACAAGCCCAGACCCAAGCAAUCGCUCGCAUCAGCUCUGGGUAAGACCGCUGGCGGGGGGCUCACCUCCAUGCUCCAAAACGCUUUUGGUUUCGGCUCCUCCACCGCAAAAGAAAAGGAGCGCGAACGCGAAUCUCUCAAAAGCAGAGAAGCUCUAGCCGAACACGACAAAGAGAACCGCAAGCUCGACGCCACCGCUGCCGCCCUCACCUCAGUCUCAGCCUCCAUUCAUCUGCGCAUCGCCACCGCCAACAUCAGCAUCUCGGCCGACAAGGCCUUUGAAAGAGAAAUCGAGCGCAGCACAAAGAAGCCGCCUCCCAAAGUGACUGCCUUCCAUCUCAUCUUUACAGGCAAGCAAGAGUACGACGCCAGCUUCCCCCAAGACUGUCAAGACGUAGACGCCACUCUCUCCCUCCCUUCUUCAGCUGCCUCGCUCGACACAGGUGUUCGACAGAUUUUCUCUGGUCUCAUGCCCCGUCUCGAGGAACAAGGUCACGCUUUCAUCGGCUUCCGCACCCAUCAGACCACCGGCUUCAGCGGACACAUAGCUGCACGUUUCAUCCCCACCGUCGAACGAGAGUCGCUUGAUUUCGUCGAUAGAUACUGUGCCCAAUGGAACUCGGAGCUGCUCUCCAUGGGAGGCUAUGUCGCUCGUGCUGUCUACGAAAACGAGUUGACCGACAUCGGUCGUCUGUGGACCAACUCAUACGCCGACAAGCGUCCGUCCAAAGACGACGACCCUCUUGCCAAGGCUCUCAAGGACCGUGCGCUCCACCUCAUGCGCUUCUUCACCUUUCGUGCUUCAUCACCGUCGUCACGCGUGUCGUCGCUCUUUCUCACCUCCUUUUUCGGAUCAGCUCGUCAGAACACCAUCUCGCUUAUGUCGACGCGCGGCGUAAAGCAUUCCGCCGCCGUACGCAUCCCAAACGCGCUCCUCUCAGACUUUAUCAAGGACCUCGCCGUCAUUCCUCCUGACCAUGUCGAACAGGCUCCCGACUUUGUGCGCGAAGUCCGUUCGCGCAACCUCGUCCAAGAUAUCACCAUGGAUGACGUCUUCCAAGAGCUUUCUUCGCGCGCUCUCACCCCGCCCGAGAUGAUUGCCUGUCUCAAAUGGUGGGUCACCGUCGCUGCGCAUCCUUCCUACGAGAUCAGCUUGCGCUCCAAGCUCCUCAACAAUGCCAUGCUCACCAUCGCCGAUCCAAGGGAUGCAGCUCUCUCCGAAAAGAUCCAGCCCUUGAGCGCCGUGCGUUUCUACCUCAACACCUCUCGUCUUCCCACCGAUGUACCUCUCCCGGAUUCCUGCUUGUCCUAUGAGGUAUCCAAGUCAUUCUCCACCAAUGAGAUCUCGCGUGUCUUUGGUUGGUCCGAACUCACCGUUUCCGCAUGGCUUAAAAAUCUUGUCCAGAUCAGCGUUCAAGCACCACACUCAAGCUCCAACUUGAUUGCCGACACAAACCUGCAGACUUCGGCCGCUUUUGCCGAAAAAGUGCUUCUUACUCUCUCGCGAGCCUGGUUUGCACUACCUUCGAGUCAGCACGACGAAAUCCAACAGCUCUUGGCCGAAGUCACUUGCAUCCCUACUCGCCUGCAGAUGCAAAAACCAAACGAUGCCUACUUUUCCAACGUCUCGUUGUUUUCCGACUUGCCCAUCGUCGAGCUUCCCACAGCGCAGGUCAAGGGCAAUCUCGAGAAGUUGCUUAUCGCCCUCGGUGUGCGUCGCCAUGUAGAGUUGCAGAUGAUCUUCAAUCGGCUCGUAGCAGGCGGUGGAUGGUCGCACGUCGACCUCGUCUCCUACCUCGCUUCCAACAAGCACACCCUCUCCGAUCUCGAAAAGGAGAGACUCAAGAAGACCGCCAUCUUCCCCAAGCACGGAGAGGUCGGCCCGCUCAAGCAAGACGGCAAGCCCAGAAUCCUUCGUCACCGUGCAAGCGACCUCUACGAACCUACAGAAGCGCUCAAGGCCCUCCGCUUGCCCGUGCUAGACUGGGCUGACAAGCCGUGGAAGCCCUCUUCCGAGGAGGCGCGCUUCGUUUUUGACUUGGGUCUGCGACGCUACCCUCCCAUGGAGACCGUCCUCGAGCUCGCUUCAAACACGAGCGACGACGUUCUGCGUGCCAAAGCCGUCGCCUUCUUCCUAGACAAGUUCCACGCUCACUAUGCUAACCAGUACACCAUCUUCCGCGCUGAAAAGUACGCGUUUGUACCCGCACGACUGCCCAACGAGCCCAAGAUGGUAAUGCGCAAACCCACAGAGGUCUUCACCAACGCUGAAGCUGCCGUCAUGGGCUUCCCCAUAGCUGGACCCGAGAUAAAUCUGGCUGAUCUUCCCAAGCUUGGUCUACGCUCCAACCCGACGGCGAACCAGCUGAUCGGGCGGCUUGUCAAUGCACCAACCAAGGACGAAGCACAGGCACGCAAGAUUUUCGAGUACCUGGCCACAGUUCCGGAGUUCAGUCUCAACGACUUUGCACAACUACGAGUUGCUGAAUUCAUCCCUGUGCGUCGCACUAAACGUGGCGCCGCUGGCGAUGCUGCAAAGGAUCCUACAGAAUUGAGCGCCGCUGAGAUCAUCUUGGUAGCGCCAAUGAACUGCUACUUUGGCGGUUCGGCCUCGGAUGUCCAGUUCAGGGAUGUCUUUUUCUACUGCGAUUAUGGAGCGGUUGCUGGUGCUUUCCUCAAGAACUGCGGUGUGAGAAACGAGCCGAGCAUCGAAGAGGUGGCGGAGCGUCUGAUUGGCGAGCCGCAGCGCUUCUAUCAGCUGGCUGGCAGUGCAGAUGCCUAUCUCGGUAUUCUCCGCCAGAUUGCCACAAAUUGGGACCGGAUUCGCAGUCCUCUACGCAAUCAAAUGACACGCUCCGCAUUCCUGCUUGGCUCGAAGCGCAUCAGCGAAAGCAAAACAGGUGCAAGUGGCAGCGGCCAAAAGGCAGGCCACCUGCUUGACCAAGACCAAGACGACGACAAGCACGACGAAGAGGCGGAUGACACUGGCACGCUGGUGUAUGCACUCAGGAAGCCCUCGGACGUUGUCAUUGUCGAUGAUGCCAACUCACAUAUGCUCUUUGCUUCGUCGCUUUUCUACGCUCCGCACGAGGACCUCUUACAGGAAGGUCUAUACGGAAAACUUGGCUCGCCUCGACUGAGCGCGCUGGUAGAGGAACGCUACUCGAUCGAGGGCCGUGUAGUUCGAGAUACACAGCGUGCCCACGAGAUCAAAGCGCUCGUUCUCGAACGCACCCCUCUCUUCUUGUUCGAAAAGCGACAGUCGGCCCGAUCCGAGAUCCGCAAGGAUGCCGAGUGGCUCAAGCAGGCGCUCGAGGUAGAAGAGAUCGAUGGAGCAGGUCUUCGGCUCGUGCGUACCCUACAAUACGACCGAGUGCACGAGCAGAAUGUGCAAAAGUGCACUGCGACCGCAUCAAUGCGCGGCUCCAAGCUCAUCCUACACCUUUCUUCGUCGAUGGAGAUUGACUUUUUCGAAGUGGCGACGUCGCUCAGCAAGUACUUGCUAACCAAGCAAAGACUACAGGAGGUGCUCCUCUACAUGACUCUCCUUUCGACUUCGCUACGUAACCUCAAGCGUCGCGGAUUCCACGUCGACAAGAUCCUGUCGCAGCGCAAAGCGGAACGAGAGGCGGCCGAAGCAAGGAUGCGCGAAGAGCGGCUCAAAGCGGAAGAGUGGGUUGCUGAGGAAAAGGCUAGCGAGUCUAAGCUUGCCGACUGGAGAAAGCAGGUACUGAGCAUAUUUCCCGACGCCGAACCUAGUUACGUGGACCAGGCACUGCGAAGCCACAGCGAUGCGCAUGUCGAGCGCACCACCAACGACAUGCUGAGCAGCAACUAUCCACGGAAAAGCAAAGAGGCGUCUUCGGCAAUAUCGCAGUUCACCAACCAUUCCUCGUCGACAUUGACGCCUUCAGAGGGAGGCGCCAACACUGGAUCCGGCUUCUUUUCGGGACUCCGCAAUAAGUUGCUGCAAGCAGGCGUAAAGCAACGCAGUUCGCUUGCUGACGGCACCAGCUCGAUCCAGCGUCCUGGCACGGAUUGGCCAGCAGAUUCCUCGAUUGCGGCAGCUGCUCAAUCCGACGAGGACCGAUCCUUGGGCGGUCUCGCAUCGACACUGUCAUCUUCGGGCGGCAUGACGCCAGCAGCGACCGCACCUACGAGCGAGGUGACGCCGCUCUCUUCGAUCCACAACAACGUGCUCAAAGCAAUCCGUGCAUCGCGACCCGACGCAUCGUCGACGAUCAAGAGCGAAGCGAGGCAAACACAAAUCAAAGAAGCCGCAAACUCGUACUGCGAUCAAGGGGUCGAAACGGAUCUGAAGCUAGCCGGUGAGGUAGCCGGUAUGAAGGUGUUUCUACACCCAACAUUGGACGCGGCUUGGAUGCUACAGGCUAACGCGGCCGCACUGGAGCGUCUGAUCAACCGAGUGUACAAGCCGGUAGGAAGCAUUUUCGGGCUGGAUCCUCGAAGCAUGUAUGUGUUCUGCGAUACUGCGGGACCUGCGAUUGCAUUCAACCGUGCCGGAGCGAUCUACCUCAACUUCCGCUACUAUCUGGCUUGGCACGACGAGUUGGUCAAGCAGGGGAAGUUGGCAGAUGCGCUCGUGUCGACCUACUUUAGCGUAGCGCACGAGAUCGCGCACAAUGUAGUGGCCGCGCAUAAUGCCGAGCACGAGUGGUAUUUCAGCGCGAUUGCGGAAAAGUAUGUCGUCUCGCUGGUCGAGUACAUCGCCAAGGCCGAGGGGGGAGCGAGUGGUGGUGUUUAG